AGCUGAAUUCGUCCGGCCUACUGACUAUGCCCCGGAGUCCCACGUCCAGUGAGGAUGAGAUGGCCCAGAGUUGUUCUGACUACUCAGAGGACUCCGCCUCUGACAGCUCCCGUGAAGAGACCAUCUACGAGACCAUAAGAGCCACCGCCGAGCCGGCCCCCAGACACAUGGACGACAUACACACUCACUCCCUGGUCGUCCGCAUCGUCAUCCCUGACCUGCAGCAGACAAAAUGUAUGCGCUUCAACCCAAACGCAACCGUGUGGGUUGCCAAGCAGAGGAUCCUGUGCACGCUGAACCAGAGUCUGAAGGAUGUGUUGAACUACGGCCUCUUCCAGCCCGCCAUGAACGGACGAGACGGGAAGUUCCUGGAUGAAGAGCGCCUCCUCCUGGAAUACCCACAGCCAAUCAGCAAAGGAGUUCCAUCUCUGGAGUUCCGCUACAAGAACCGAGUCUACAGGCAGCCCCAUGUGGAAGAGAAGCAGAUUGCCAAACUUCACACCAAGGCCAACUUGAGAAAGUUUAUGGACCUCAUCCAGCACCACCAGGUGGAGAAAGUAUCUAGGCUGCUGGAGAGAGGGCUGGACCCCAACUACCAGGAUACAGAGACCGGUGAGACCCCCCUGACGUUUGCGGCCCACCUGGAUAACGUGGUGGAGAUCAUAAAGAUUCUGAAGAAUGGAGGGGCCCACCUGGACUUCAGGGCCAAAGACGGCAUGACGGCCCUACACAAAGCUGCUAGGUCCAAGAACCAGGUUACUCUGACGACCCUGUUGGAGCUUGGUUUGUCUCCAGACUAUAAGGACAGCCGGGGUCUGACGGCGCUCUACCACACAGCCAUGGUGGGAGGAGACCCGUUGUGCUGUGAGUUGCUGCUACAUGAACACGCCACCGUCUGCUGCCAGGACGAAAACGGCUGGCACGAAGUCCACCAGGCUUGUCGGAAUGGCUUUGUCCAGCAUCUGGAGCAUCUGCUGUUCUACGGGGCGGACAUGAGCGCACAGAACGCCUCAGGGAACACAGCGCUGCACAUCUGUGCUCUCUACAACCAGGAUAACUGUGCCAGGGUGCUGCUGGUCCGUGGAGCCGACAAAGCGGUGAAGAACUACAACAGCCAGAGUCCCUUCCAGGUGGCCAUAAUCGCAGGGAACUUUGAACUGGCUGAACUGGUCAAGAACCACAAAGAGACAGAUAUAGUGCCUUUCCACGAGGUCCCGGAAUACUCCAAGCGGCGUCGGGCACUCCCCCCUACCAGCAGCAGCGGCAGCUCCCUGGCGACCCCCCGGGUCCUGCUGCGCUCCAACAGUGACAACAACCUCACGGUGAGCCAAGGGCCCCCCCAGGACUGGUCCCAGCCCCAGGGACCCCCCCAGCACCACAGACCCCAACACGGAGGGGUCGGACCCCCCACCUCCACCUCCCACCAUAUCCUCUCUCCACAGCUGCUCCAGCAGAUGCAGGGGAACCCCAAUGGCACUGUGAGCACUAUGGGCCAGGGGUCCCGCAGUACCAGCGUGGGGGUGGUCCCCCGGAGUCAGUCCCCGUCCCUCAACCGGCUGGGAGAGGAGGCCCGCAGGCCGCACCCGCAGACACAUGUACAGACACAGCAGACGCAGCACAGACAGCCCAGCCCCAGUGGUAAUGUGGAGGUGGUGGUGCAGCGGAGGAAGCUGUACAGUGCUGUGCCAGGGAGGCACUUUGUGGUGGUCCACGCCUACCGGCCACAGGCCGAGGGAGAGAUCCCCCUCUACAAGAACGACAGGGUCAAAGUUCUGAGCAUCGGAGAGGGGGGCUUCUGGGAAGGCAGUGCCCGGGGCCAGGUGGGCUGGUUUCCUGCGGAGUGCGUGGAGGAGAUUCCUGCCAAGCCCAGCGAGGAGAGGAUGCGUAAGUCAUUAAGCAUGCUGACCCAGAUAUUUGGGAAUAGGAGAGUGGUUGGGGAUCUCUGAGGAGGAGGAGGGAAGAUUUCUGCUCCAUGGAUCCCACUGGUGGCAUCCUAGGGCACUGAGACUCUUCCACCCAGGAGAUGGGCUCAGCACUGGGACUAUUUAGUGUGUACAGAUCCAAAAUAAUUGGAUUGGUGUGAUGUGGAAGAAUAUGGAGGCAAGUCCCCUAAGCCCAAUUAACACAAUAGGUGGAGCCGUCAGCAUUUGACUGCCUACCAAAGGUGUGGAGGGGCUAGGGGAUCUUUCCAGACCUGACAAGAGAGAAAGAGGUAGAGAGAGAGUAGAGACGGAGGAGGGAGGGGGUUCAAUGGAGGGUAAGGCCUGAUCCCCCACAUUCCUUCUCUCCCCUCUCCUCCCCCUCCUCUCCUCUCAAGCCACACUGUCAGAUGUCAGACAUGUGGGGCUUUAACGGUGAUGUGUAUUCAUGGAUGCAAAGGGAAGCCAGGCUUCCCCAAAAUAAAAAUGUGCAUAAUUUAUCUCUCUGUCUUUCAUAAUUUUCCUUCAAUUUGCAAGAGGCUGAAUGUAUCUCACUGGAGAAAGCAUCCGAGCGAGCUAAACAGCAUCCUUCUGUCCGGUCAAAAAGACUAUGACAUUGUGGC